AUGCUGGAUAUCGAGUCCGCGUCACGACUCUCGGAAGGACUCAAGAGGUCACCGCAGUUGAAAUCUGUUGUCCUACAGUACUGUGGUGUCAGCAAAGAGGGGAUGAAGCUCCUGUUGAAAGCACUUCAGCAGUGCAACCACUUGACGUCUCUGCAAAUCCGUGAUUACAGCUUCAAGAAAGCUGCCGCUGUGCAUCUGGCGGAAAUUGUGAAACGCAACAGCUACCUGAAGGACCUCUUUCUCUAUCGCAUGCCUGACGAUGUAUUGGCAAUUAUCGCGAUUGCGCUCAGAGAGAGCAGUUCGAUCGAGAAUUUGAAAAUAAAUGAAUCUAAUGAUAGUGCUCGUAGUAUGCCCCACAUUUCUGAUGCCUUGAAGACGAACGGGACAAUAAGAACUUUCACAGACGCAGGUGCAACGCAUCUAGCACGAGCUCUGGAGUCAAACCAUACGCUUCGUGAACUCGAUCUCUCCCUUAACGACCUGACGGAAGUGACCCUGGUACAGUUUGUGAAGACCCUUACAGUGAACACUUCACUGGAAGUGGUGCAUCUUGGAACGAUCGCUUUCUCUGGCGAGGUUGACGAAGAGAUUGCUCAGGUUAUCAGAGCUAGCCACCAGUGUUACCACAGAAUCUCUACAAAGUGGAACACCCUCGCGCUGAACGAGUUGGCACGUCUCAUUUCGCUCAACUACGGCGACGUCAAAAAGAUUUACAUCUGGUUCGUUGAGGAGACACCCAUAUUGCGGGUGAUCUCAGCACUAGAAUCAAACUGUCACGUCACGGAAGUGCAUAUCGAAAGAGCUGAUCACGCGACGCCCGGAGGCGAGACGGUUAAAGCUCUUGCGCAACUUAUCGAAAAGACCAGGUCCCUCAAGUUUCUCCACUGCACAUGCCCUUUUGACGCUAACGCUACUUUCAUCAAGGGCCUUACAAACAACGACACGAUCAUCCGUGUCGAGCUCCUGGCCGCAUAUUUUACUACGGAAGUCGCCCGAGCGUUCGCAGCCAUGCUCGAAGCGAACACGACACUGCACGCCUUUGUCACGCAGUUCUCUUGUUACGAAGCAGGGGCGAUCAAAGUGAUUGCGAGGCACUUCCCCAAGAACUACACGCUCACCACAUUCUGGGGGGAUUCGGUGGGUUGUAACUCACGAGCACUGUGCCAGAUUUCCGACGUGCUCCGGAGAAACGAGCUGCUCCUCAAUCGUGCCACGAGGUUUGCCCUGGGCACCUGCAGGGACUGUGAUUGCAGAGAAGCAUUUCGGAUACUCUGGAGGUGCGAUUCCGUGGUGCAGCAAGUUAAGCGUGUCGCAGAGUGUACGGAAGAAGAGGCGAGGCAGUGUGUAGAAGAGGCGAAACUGCUGUUUCCGUAGAGAGGGUCUCUGCUU